AUGAAAAUUACUUCCAUUAUGGGUGUUCGGGAUACUACAAAAAGUGGAUCCAACGGAAUAGCAUCAGUCGAUUCAUCCGAUCCAAAGUUCAACGACAAUAUGAGAAGUGUAUUCAAAAUACUGUGCGUGUUCGGUCUUUGCGCCUACGCAGUGGCGUCGGAAACCUCUACAGGUAAAUCGGUAGAAAAAGCAGAAAAAACCACAGCAACGACCAACGAUGACAAAACCCAAGGCAAGAGAGGCAUUUUCGAUACCGGCUAUGGUUACGGCUCCGGCGGUUUCGGUCACGAGCUGACCGGUCACGACUACCACCACGAACCACAAGUGCUAUCCAAGACUAUCAUCAAAGAGGUCGCCCAACCAUACCCAGUCGAGGUCGAAAAACACGUACCGUACCCGGUAAAGGUCGAAGUACCCGUCGACCGUCCAUAUCCCGUGCACGUGCCCAAGCCUUAUCCCGUGCACGUCGACAAGCCUGUCCCGUACGAGGUCAAAGUGAAGGUUCCACAACCGUACACCGUCUACAAGCACGUCCCUUACGAAGUCAAGGUACCCGUCGACAAACCGUACACCGUUCACGUGCCCAAGCCAUACACCGUUUACGUCGAGAAGCGCGUUCCUUACGAGGUAACCAAGCACGUGCCUUACACAGUCAAAGUGCCCGUCGACAAGCCGUACACCGUGCACGUGCCCGUCGAAAAGCACGUCCCUUACACCGUCGAAAAGCCCGUACCAUACCCGGUCAAAGUUCCGGUCGACCGUCCAUACCCGGUGACCGUUGAAAAGCACGUACCGUAUCCCGUCGACAAACCAGUACCGUACACGGUCGAGAAACCAGUGCCGUACCACGUCAAAGUUCCUGUUAAAGUCGAAGUCCCUGUACCAUACGAAGUGCCACACCACCACCAUCAUGAAGAACACUCAUAUAGUGAAAACUCGUUCGGCGAACAUGGAAGCCACAGUUAUUAACAUGGUUCCAAGUUAAUGUUUUUGUAAAAAGUAUAUUAUACAUUUAUCG